AUGACAGAACAUCCCAUUUGGAAAAUUGGCCUAUUCAACAGAAUUAACGUCAAUGAAGCCGAGUGUAUUAAAUGCAAAGAAGAUGGGGCCGUUAAAUAUAUAUUUAAGCUUCCCUAUCGUAAUCUAAAAGGAUUGUUUGCACACGUUAGAAGUAAAAUACACAAAGACACGGAAAUUUGUAAAUAUUUUGAACAACUUAUGGCAGAACAGGACAAAACUGGAGUUAGUAACUGGACGGAACUUGAAUUGACAGCUUUUGUGGAGGAGAUUUCUUCACGACAAGAAUUAAUUUUUAGAAGGCAUAGACCAGUAAAUUCAGAAAUUGAUUUAGACGCAAUUUGGGCUAGUGUAGCAAAUGCUUGUGCUGACAGAGGAUUUGAAAGAUUUGCUGGACGUACUCGGAAACAAUUACAAUGUGAUUUGUGGGGAAAGAAGAAAAAAGAAGUUAUGGAAAGAUAUGAAAAUGCUUUGGCAGCAGGAAUUGACGAAAGUCGGAAAUGGAAGGAUUGGGAAAGAUUAAUAAUUGAAAUGUGCAAAAAUAACGGAGGAGAAGAAGAAACACCAAGCAGAAAAAGGCCUAUAGAAGAACAAUUUUUGGCUUUAGCAAAUUAUCAAUCUAACAAUAGCAAUAAAAAUGGAUGCAAUUUGGAUGAGAUUGCACAAACUUCUACAAACGCUGGUUGGCCUAAACAUGUCAAAUUGGAGGAGGAAGAUUUAAGAUUAAUUCCUCAAGUAUCUCUAUUUGAACGAUUAUGUCCUUCUACUAAUAAUUCAACAACAAAUAAUUAUGAAAUUCCAACAGAAAAUCAUCACCAACAAAACCAACAAAAUUCCUCCCAAAAUUUUUCAUUUAAAUAUUCUUGUAGAGAAGAUGUAAUUAAUCAAAUAUUUAAACAAAAAAUUAAAUUGGGAUUAAAAUGGACAGAAAUUGCAAAAAUUAUUGGAAAUAGUAAAGAAUGGACAACAGCUGCGUGUUUGGGGAAAAUGCAAUUUAAUGAAAGUGAAGCAGAAAAAAUGAUUGAAAUAUUCCAAUUAGCCCCAGAUGCAAAACAAUGGCUCAAAUCUAUCCCAAAUAGAGGAGGAAAUAAUAAUAAUUGUGCAAGUACUUCUAAUGAUCCUCUUCUGUAUCGGUUUCAAGAAGUAUUCAAUAUUUAUGGAGAUGCAUUAAAAGAAUUAAUUAAUGAACAAUUUGGAGAUGGAAUAAUGAGUGCUGUAGAUUUCCGAAUAGAUUUACAGAAAGAAUUGUGUAAUGAAGGUGAUAGAGUAAAAAUAAUUAUGUCUGGAAAAUUUUUGCCUUAUAAACGAUUUUAA